AUGGAGUUCAAUCCAAAAGGAGCAGUGAGUUCUGCUGCAGGUGAUUCACGUCCACGAUUGCCUGAUAUCAGUCAUCGUGCGAUGGCAACAACGACCAACGUGCUAGGUCUUCUGCACGAUAAUCUUUUGCCUUCCUUGAACCUGCAUUCGUCUCUUGCGAUGUUCGCCUAUACUGUCAGCCGUGCGACUGGUCGUGUCGAAAUCAAGGACUGGCUCUGGCCUUCAGGAAUGGUUCUCAAUGCCUGGUAUCAUGGAGUCUUGGCACGUAGUUGGGAGAAUGGACUCAGUCUGCGCGAGUCGAUAUCAACACUCGGCUGGACACAAAAGCUGCUACUCGGUGGUAUCACGCUAUGGGGUGUUAGACUCUUCACACGCAUCGCUACUCGCAGCAUCAAGCGUGGAAAGGACGACUCAAGAUACGACGACAUGAACCAAGAUACCAGUUUCUGGAACAAGGCGUUCUUCACUGUCUUCAUCCCGGAGGCAGUCUUUCAAGCUCUGAUCUCACUCUCGUGGUCCUUGGUGCUGCAGCAGGGCACAAUCGGAAGCCUUGAAGCCACACCUCCUCAAUACAGUGGCUUGCUUCAUGGGCUUGCAGUUGGACUUUAUACUACCGGUCUCAACAUGGAGGCCAUGGCCGACCAACAGCUCGAAGAGCAUAAGAAGCAAAGCAGUGAUCUCAAUCGUAGUGGUGUCUUCUCGAUUGUGCGUCAUCCCAACUACCUUGGCGACGCCCUGGUACACUUCUCUUUCCCAUUACUCCUGGCUGCGGAUGGCAUGCUCCACCCUCUCAGUCUUGUGGGACCUCUUGCAAACUACGUCUUUCUACGAUUCAUUGGCGGCGACAAGCAGAAUGAGGAGUCACAGGAGCAGCGUUACAAGGCAGAGGCACCCCAGAAAUAUCGCCAGUUGGAGGAGUGGCGCGCCAACAAGAACAGUUUCUGGCCUGCUCUGAGAGAAGUGACUAAUCCUUGGUCGCUUGCUCUAAUAAGUCUAGGAGCAUUCGGUGUUUUGGCUGAGCGUGGCCUCAGAAAAUACAUGCGGGCUUAG